CCGCUCCGCGGCUCGCUGGCAACCAGCCCAGGGGAGGCGCGGAGGCUUGGGCGGGCUUCGGCGAGACCCGGCUUCAGAGGCGCUCGAUUGGGGUCUGGGUUGUGGGCGCGGGCGCCAUCAGAGUCAGGUUCGGGGCCAUGCAGCCGAGGGCUCCGAGCGCUGUGUGCCAGGCGGGUGGCGGGGAGGUCAUGGCGGAGCCCGCGGCGAGACACCUGUCGCUGCCCUCCGGGGUGUUGGAGUUGUGCGCGCUCCUAGGCGCCUCUCAGGACAGCCUACGCGGCUUGGAGCAGAUUGUCCAGAAACGAGGAGUGAAUAGCACCUCUUCCCUUGUCCCCGAAGUUCUGUCCGUUUUCGUACCUCCUUUCACCACAAAAGAGGACGGCCAGGUGACUGGGGCCAGCUGUACCCUCAGCAAAGCCAGGAGGCGUUCCUUCCGGAAGAAGCGAGAGAAGCCCAGGAUGGAAGCCUGGAAGAGCCACCCUGGAGACUCAAAGGGGCCUGAUUCUGAGGAUGUUACUAUCCCAGGCGGCGUGGACCUCCUCGCCCUGCCCCAGCUGUGCUUCCCAGGAGGUGUGUGUGUGGCUUCUGAACCAAAAGAGGAUUACGUCCAUUUCCUGGUGCUCACGGACGUCUGCGGGAACAGAACCUAUGGUGUGGUCGCCCAGUACUACCGACCCCUGCAUGAUGAAUAUUGUUUCUACAACGGCAAGACCCACUGGGAGCCCAGUGUGAGCUCGGCUGGACGCUUUGUGCCCUUUGCAGUGUGUGUGGUGUCCCGGUUCCCAUACUACAACUCCCUCAAGGACUGCCUCUCCUGUUUAUUGACUCAUCUGAAGCUCUGUAGAGACUUUGAAGUUGACAAUCACAUAAAAGAUUUUGCUGCAAGACUGUCGUUAAUUCCUAGUCCACCACCUGGCCCGCUCCACUUGAUAUUUAACAUGAAGCCGCUGCAGGUUGUGUUCCCCUCUCGAGCGGACCCCGAGAGCCCCGUCAUCGACUUGGACCUUCACCUGCCGCUGCUGUGCUUCCGGCCUGAGAAGGUGUUGCAGAUACUGACCUGCAUCUUGACGGAACAGCGCAUCGUGUUCUUCUCCUCAGACUGGGCCCUGCUGACGCUCAUUGCCGAGUGCUUCGUGGCCUAUCUGCACCCCCUGCAGUGGCAGCACACCUUUGUGCCCAUCCUGUCCGGCCAAAUGCUGGACUUCGUCAUGGCUCCCACCUCUUUCCUCAUGGGCUGCCAUCUCGACCACUUUGAAGAAGUCAGAAAGGAAGCUGAUGGUUUGGUCCUGAUAGACAUUGACCAUGGGACGGUCACCUGCUCCAAGUCCUCUGACAGUGACAUAGACAUCCCCGAUGUCCCCCUUCUGCUGGCACAGACCUUCAUUCAGAGAGUCCAGAGCCUCCAGCUGCACCCGGAUCUGCACCUUGCCCACCUGAGCUCCAGCACCGACCUGAAUGAGGGCCGCGCCCGCCGCCGAGCCUGGCAGCAGACGCUCAACUGCAAGAUUCAGCACAUUGCCCUCCAGCUGCUCGUUGGCAUCUUCAGGGAAGUGAAGAAUCACUUGAACUAUGAGCACCGAGUCUUCAACAGCGAAGAGUUUCUCAAGACUAGAGCGGCAGGGGACCAGCGGUUUUAUAAGCAGGCCUUGGAUACCUACAUGUUUCACUCCUUCCUGAAGGCCCGGCUCAACGGUAGGAUGGACGCCUUUGCUCGGAUGGACCUCGACACCCAGUCUGAGGAGGACAGGAUAGACGGGAUGCUUUUAAGUCCAAGGAGACCCACUGUGGAGAAGAUGGCCUCCAGGAAGGCCUCGCCCCUGCACCUCACGCACAGGCGCAUGGUCGUCAGCAUGCCCAAUCUGCAGGACAUCUCCCUACCCGAGCUGCCACCCAGGAACUCGUCGCUUAGGAUAAUGGACACCUCAAGCUGCAAAAGCAGCAGUCCAGUUCUCAAAGUGACCCCUAAGUUGACAUAUACAUUCAAGAUCCCCGAGAUCCACUUCCCGCUGGUGACCCAGUGUGUUCAGGCGUACUACACGGACCUCGUCACUCUCCUGAGCAAGGCCAUGAGCUUGCUGGGCCCUGGUGACUCUCUGCUCCUAGCGAGGUACUUCUACCUGCGUGGCCUUAUCCAUCUGAUGCAGGGUCAACUGCUGAGCGCCCUCUUGGAUUUCCAGAACCUGUAUAAGACUGACAUAGGCAUCUUCCCAGCUGACCUUGUUAAGAGCGUGGUGGCGUCCAUGUCAGCCUCCGAGCGCGCCCAGGCCGAGCGGACACCUGAGCUUAGGCGGCUCAUCACAGAGGUCCUGGAUAAGCCCGGCGAGGCCCCCAAGGCGGAUGAUGCCGUGAAGAACUUUGAACUGCCCAAAAAGCACAUGCAACUGAAUGACUUCGUGAAGCGGGUCCAGGAGUCAGGGAUCGUGAAGGACGCCGUCAUCAUCCACCGCCUGUUUGACGCACUGACUGUGGGACACGAGAAACAGAUUGACCCUGAAACCUUCAGAGAUUUCUACACGUGCUGGAAGGAGACAGAAGCAGAGGCACAGGAGGUCAGCCUGCCUGCACUGCUGAUGGAACAUCUGGAUAAGAACGAGUGCGUGUACAAGCUGUCGAGCUCCGUGAAGACCAACCGUGGCGUUGGCAAGAUUGCCAUGACCCAGAAACGCCUGUUCCUGCUCCCCGAGGGGCGGCCGGGCUAUGUGGAGAUCGCCACCUUCAGGAAUAUAGAGGAAGUCAAAAACACCACAGCAGCAUUUCUCCUCCUGAGGAUACCCACCUUAAAGAUCAAGACGGUAGCCAAGAAGGAAACCUUCGAGGCCAACCUCAAGUCUGAGUGUGACCUCUGGCACCUGAUGGUGAAGGAGAUGUGGGCUGGGAAGAAGCUGGCAGACGACCACAAGGACCCACAGUAUGUCCAGCAAGCACUGACCAAUGUCUUGCUUAUGGAUGCCGUGGUUGGCACGCUGCAGUCACCUGGUGCCAUUUACGCUGCCUCCAAGCUGGCCUACUUCGACAAGAUGAAGAAUGAAAUGCCCAUGGCAGUCCCAAAGACAACCGCGGAGACCCUAAAACACAAGAUUAACCCUUCGGCUGGAGAGACUGCUCCCCAAGCUGUUGAUGUCUUGCUGUAUACUCCAGGGCGCCUUGACCCUGCAGAGAAAGUUGAAGAUGCACACCCCAAGUUGUGGUGUGCACUGAGUGAAGGCAAAGUGGUCGUGUUUGAUGCUUCCUCCUGGACCAUUCAUCAGCACUGCUUUAAAGUGGGGGCCUCCAAAGUGAACUGUAUGGUGUUGGCAGAGCACAGCCAGGUGUGGGUCGGCUCUGAGGACUCCGUCAUCUACAUCAUCAACGUCCACAGCAUGUCCUGCAACAAACAGCUGACGGAUCACCGCGCUGCGGUCACCGGCUUGGCCGUGCAGAAUGGAAAGAAGCCCAGCGAGGUCUACUCCUGUAGUCUGGAUGGGACGGUCCUGGCGUGGAACGUUAGCACACUUCGAGUGACCAGCCGAUUCCAGCUGCCGUAUGGUGACCUCAUGUCCAUCAGCCUGCACAGUGACCGCCUGUGGUGCUGUACAGGCCGCAGCAUCAUGGUGGUGACGCCGCAGGGUUUCGUUCGUCGAGAGCUGAGGAUUGAUAACUCUAACGAGGCACUUGUCUCCUUCCUGGCUUUCCAGCUUCUGCCUGAGAAGGAGCAGCUGUGGGUGGCCUGCACGGGGGGCAGUGAGCUGUAUAUCUGGAGCCUGAAGGACCUGGGCCAGCCUCCUCAGAAGACCCACUUGCAAGACUGCACAGAGGUCAGCUGCAUGAUUCGUGUGAAGGGGCAGAUCUGGGUGGGUGGCAGGGGGCUGUCUCAGGGAAAAACCAGAGGGAAAAUCUACGUGAUGGACGUGGAGAAGAUGACGGUAGAAAAGGAGCUGGUGGCACACUUGGACAAUGUGAGGACCCUGUGCUCUGCCGAGGACCGCUACGUACUGAGCGGAGCAGGCCAGGAGGAGGGCAAGAUCGCCAUCUGGAAAGUUGAGUGAAAGCUAUGUGCUGAGCCGGUGUGCCCUGCAAGAGGACGCCCCCAUCACACAGUUUUGUCAGUGGCCAGGUGGGGCCUGUUGUCUGCUCCCAAAGGUCUUCUUCACCUUGGGUGUGCAGCUACAUCUUAAUGCUGAUAGCCUCCACUGUGAAGUUACCUCACGUUACCUAGAAACCUUCAGAAUCCACAACUUGGAGCCAGCUGCCAACUUAGCUGAAUCGCAUGCGACCUGGAGUCCUCGUGACUGGCCUCUCCUCUUCAUUGACUCUUCAUUUGUUUACUCUGCAAACACUUAGGCAAUGGCUGGUAUGUAACCAUCAGCCAAAGAGCCUUUCAGGUUUCCAUGGACUUCCUGCUUUCAGAGAGGCUUCUGAGCAUUUGAGGAUAAACUCUGACAGAACUGGCUGGCCCUGGCCAGGCUAUCCCACUUCAGGGAUGGUGACCAAGGCCUGCCUCAGAGAGGGGCCAGUACUGAUCAUGUCUGUCUGUGCAGAAACUGGGCAGCUGAGUGGCUCUGUCUUGGCAUUCAGGUUUUAAUGAUGAAGAAACCAACGAUUGCUGACAGGAAGUUCAUCCCAGAAGCACACACAUGAGUAACUGCCUCACUGGAUCAUGACUUGUCUGUACUUGGUGCUUCCCUCAUGUGUAUGCACGACACCUCUCUAUCGAGCUGGGGAGAGCUAUCGGCCGCAGGGACUUACACAUGUGUUUACCAUACAUCUCCAACUCCAUUCUGGAAGUGUUCUGUGAGGUGUUUUUCGGUGUGGAUGCCAGGCACAGGGAAGAUAGUGGAGACUUGUGCGCCAUGGUAGAGCCAGUCACUAAGGGGGUGCCAAUGGUCCAGGCCUGUCUCUCAGACCAGGCCAGCGACCCAGAGGUACUUGAACACAUGCAUGGGAAGAUGUGGGUCCAGGCUUGAAGGGUCUGUGCCACUGAUUGCUGGUUCCCUUGAGGUGUGGCUCCCUUGAACGCAGUGCAGAAGAUCUCAGAGCCUUACGCCUCCCUAGAGCCUGGGUGUUCCAGAUGUCCAGAAGGACAAUGCGGCCAGCAGCCAGGGGCACUGGCUCAAACUGUCUUUGUAAGAGUCAAUCAUAAAUACAUUCUAAGUUAUUUAAUGCCAGGCCAUGUAUGACCAGGUGUUUACAUAUAGCUUGUGGAUAAUAAACCC